GUUACUAAGAUCUUUUUUCAGUUCCGAUAUGCCACAAGAUGGGACAAUUUUUGCCUUUUCAUUGGCCUAAUAUGUGCUAUUCUCAGUGGUGUGUCACAGCCUGUAUUAGCCUUAGUCAGUGGUCGUAUCACCAAUGUUCUAUUGGUUUAUCCGCCAACGUCGAAAGAAUUCCGUAACAAAGCUUACGAAAACGUAUAUAUAUUUCUUGGAAUUGGAGUGUUCAUUUUCAUCACAAAUUUCAUCCAGUUUAUGUGCUUUCAUAGCUGUUGCACACGAAUCAUAGCCAAAAUGCGUCAUGAGUAUGUGCGAGCGAUACUGCGUCAAAAUGCUGGAUGGUUUGACAGAAAUCAUUCUGGAAUGUUAGCGACAAAACUCAAUGACAAUAUGGAACGAAUUCGUGAAGGAAUCGGUGAUAAACUUGGCCUACUGCUACGUGGUUGCGCUAUGUUUAUCGCUGCCGUCAUAAUUGCAUUCAUUUACGAAUGGCGUCUAGCAUUCAUGAUGCUUGGAGUCCUAAAUGGUCUUAAUCUCGUCAUCGAACCCGGCCAAACUGUAGCUCUUGUUGGCCACUCAGGCUGUGGCAAAUCUACCUCUGUGGGAUUGCUAACUCGUCUCUAUGAACCUGAAUCUGGACGAGUUAUGCUGGAUGGAGAGGAUGUGCGCGAGCUGAACAUUGAAUGGCUUCGCAAUACCAUAGGUAUAGUGCAACAGGUACUAUUGCUGGAUGAGGCUACCAGUGCACUAGACGCUCAAAGUGAAAGCGUUGUUCAGGUGUAG